UCUUCGGUGCGCUACGUCUGUUCGCCGGCCACCGGGACUGGGACUCGAGCCGAGGCGUCGGAGUGUGUCACUCCCGCCCCGGGCUGGGCCUGCAGCGCCUGCAGGAGAGCCGCUCUGCUCACCCGGCGUCUGGGUUGGGAGCCCGAGUGGUCUGUUCUGGAGGCGGCCCGAGAGCGGCGUGUCCCGGCGCGUGGAAGCCCCGCACCUCUGGCAUCAUGGUGAAGAAGAACAGCGUCCCCAACGGGUGGAGGACUGUGACGCCAAUUGGACAUCCUGUACCUGGAACACGAUUUAUUGCUUUUAAAGUUCCUUUAAAGGGAGCAGUUAAUCAGAGACUUACUCCAACCCAGAAGUUUACACCAAAAGAUUUGAUCAGUGCAAUAAAAGCACUAAAUGUGGAGCUUGGAUUAAUUAUCGAUCUAACAUAUACCACAAGAUAUUAUGAAGUUAAGGAUUUACCUAAAAGUAUACAUUAUAAAAAACUUUAUACUGUUGGACUUGAAGUCCCUGACAAUGCUACUAUUCUGCAGUUCAAAAAGUGGGUCAGAAAGUUCCUGUGGGAAAAUGCAGAAAAUGGUAAACUCAUUGGAGUUCAUUGUACCAAUGGAAUUAACAGAACAGGAUACCUUAUAUGUAGGUACCUUAUCGAUGUUGAAGGCUGGGAUCCAGAUACAGCAAUUCAAGCAUUUGGUGAGGCCCGUGGUCAUCGAAUAAAUGGAUGUGUGUACUUAAAGGAUCUCAAAACUCGACCCAUGAGAAGUAAUCUUGGAAUGGAUGUCUGGGAUUCUGAUGAAGAUGCAAAUCUCCCAUCUAAUUCUGUGGAAGAAUCUGAAGAUUGGUCCCCAAAUGAAGACUUUCAUGGGACUGGGAAAAGGUCAAGACAUCUUAAUGACCAGCACCCUCGAAAUGAUCCACAGAUAAAGGAUUAUGAUUAUGUCAACAGUGGGCCUGUCCAGAGUCCUAGGGAUUUUUACAAACGCCAGUGUAGUGACAGCAUGGCAAAAGAGAGACACUUGAGAAAUUGGGAUAUGAGUAACAAAGGACCAGGACCAAGAUGUUCAUUCUUUGCUAAUCACCAGUGUUAUGGCGUCUCCCGAGAAGAAACAGAUUUCAACAAGAUACAAGGAACAAGACCGAGACCAUUUCAUGAUCAUCAGUGUCACAGUGGCUGUCACGAACCAGAUGCUGGAGACGAUUUUGAUUUUGUUAGCAAAGUUGAUGGACAAAGGACACAUUCCAUUCAGAAACAUCAGGCCUAUAGUAACUGCUGGGAACAAUUUCCAACAAAAGAUUUUGGUUUUACUAACAGAAGUUGGGAACAAAAACGACAACCUUUCUCUAACAACCGGACCAUGGCACUGAUAAAUGCAGAAGCAAAAGUCAGAGACUGGUGUAUCCAGAAGAUAAUCGAAGAGUACAUCCUCCAGGUGGAUUUAGCUGUGGAAAACAGAGCAGAUUGACAGCAUAUUCUUCACAGGAACUUUCAUCUCCAUGUGAAUUCCAAGAAGAUGGUUCUGUUGACUAUUGUGGAAUCAGAAACCCAAGAGAUAUGGAACAGGACAAAAGGUCAU